AUGGAGGUUGCAGGUUUAACAUCAAUCACACCUACAUAUAAGUCUGCUCUCGAAGCCUUGCCUCAAGAUAUUCUGAUCAGAAUAGUUUGUGGUGUGGAUCAUGAUGAUUUGAGAGCACUGUUUCACGUUUCCAAGACGCUCCGAGAAGUGACGUUGGUUGCUAAAAAAUUACAUUUUGAAUAUAGUACGCCGAAGAAGAUGGUUCAUUUCUGGAAGAACGAUGAUGAUGAUGAUGAUUUUGGGGAGUUUAAUAAUGAUAAUAAUGGAGUUGUUGUUGCAGCACCUAAUGCUCCAAAACACUUGAGAGUUACAAGGUCUCGGUUGAUUAGCAAGAAGCUGGCUGGUAUAUCUGUUGCCCUAUUUGCAUCAGAAUAUGGUGGGGCAGUUAAGUGGCAAUGCAAUAAGCAGUUUUUGCAGAUGGCGUCGCCCGGCAUAGAUGAGAUCAGAUCUUAA